AUGGCGGAAAAGACCGAGAGAAACGAAACAGCGAGAGAUUCCGGGUUUCAGAAUCCCGAGGACGAUGGUGCAGGUGUUCGAAAUGUCGAUUUAACUACCUCGAUUCCUCCUCCAGGAGCGGGGGAUAUUUUUAACGAAUCUCGGGGUAAUUUUGGGUUACAGUUGGAGAAAAUUGACGAAAAUCCCGGGGAUAUUAAAUUAGAGGAAUUUGGCACUCCCGGAUCAAAUAGGGGAAAAAUAGAAUUUGGCGAAUUAAAUCACGAAUUGUUAAUGAGUUUAAUAGAUGCAAUGAAAGAGAUGAAGACUCAAGUGCAGAGCAUGGCAAACGAGAUCGCCCGAAACAAUCAGGCAAACAUUGAUUUGAGGUCUGAAUUCACAGAGAAAUUCAAGACAAUGCAAGCCACGAUCGCUAGUGAGGUGCACCAAAUAUAUGAACCAAUUAAACGACAUGUCACGGGCUUGACAAAAAUCGUCCAAGACAACGAGUCUAAAAGUGCUGUAACCGAGGUGAGUGUGGCACAAAUGCAACUGGAUGUGAACGCGAUCAAAAAGAGGGUCGAAAACCUUGAGCGGAAGGACAAAAUUGAGAGUCCAAACACGGAAAGUAUGCGGAUUGUUCAGAAACCGGACAAAGAAGUUUCUGACGACGAAUCUGAAGAGGAACUGGAAGAAGAAAGAAGAGAACGGAUUCGGACGAUGCUGCCGAUGGACAUGCAUCCGAAUAAAAUUAAAAUUAAACCACCCACGUACGAUGGAUCAGAAAAAAAGAGACCAAUGAAAUUCAUCAAAGAAUUUCGGAGGUACUGUGAAGUCACCAAUCCGACCGUUACGGAGAUGAAAUAUUUGCUGGGGCAAUGCCUCGAGAAGGCAGCCAAGGAAUGGUGGGUACUCAUCGAGGACCGCGUUGAAGAUUUUGAUGAAGUGGAGAAGAAAUUCGUGGAGCGAUUCUGGAGUAUGGAUGUGCAGAGAAAAGUGAGAAAGGACCUCGAGUUUGGACACUACUCGGAUAAGGACAAUAAAAUAUCCAAGGUGGAGUACACGAUCCACAUCUUCGGAGCCGCUAAGGAUCUCAUUCCUCCUCCCAGUGAUGAGGAUAUAAUUGCGUCACUCUCGCAACACUAUACGGACGAAAUCCAAGCAACAAUAAUCAGCCGAGGAUUCAAAACUCUAGAACAAUUAAUUGAAUUCCUGGGGAAAAUGGAUCGGCACGGACCGAUUAAUUCGAAAAAGGAGAAGGAAGCCGCUCAAUCUUCCCCAAAUCAAAAUCAAAAUAAAAACGAGCAGAGACCGUUCCGUAUGCCGCAGCAAAAUAAUUGGAAUAACCAAGGAGGUUAUCAAAAUAAUUCCAACCGUGGCAACCCGAAUUGGAAUCAAAAUAAUCGACCGAAUGGGGGAUACAACAACAACAGCUGGAACAAUCAACAGAAUCGAAAUUACCAGCAGAAUUAUAAUCGGCCCAAUAACGGUCAUUAUCAACAGAAUUACAACCAGCGGCAAAACAACGGAUAUCCUCAACAAAAUCGCUAUAACGGAAACUACAAUCAACAAAAUGGUUAUAAUCGCCCAAAUCAGAAUCAAAAUUCGAGACCUCAACAAAACAAUGGAGGAUACAGACCGCCAAAUAACUCGAAUAAUCACCAGCAGAAUAAUCCUCCAGAACAACAAAUUCAAGCAAUAGAGGUUCAUCAAGAACCACAGCCAUCGACUUCUCAAGCGGGAAACGAAUAA